AUGUUGAAUGUUACUAUCAUAUUAAUUAUUUUGAUUAAUAAUAUUUAUCAAAUAAUCUCUAUAACUCAAUGUAAUCUAUUAAAUCCUAUUGAUUUACAAUCAGCUACAUAUAGUCAUUCAUUAAUAUUACGUGUGCAACCAACAUAUUCAUCUGAAACAAUUGAAAAAACUCUUAUAAUAAGUGAAGUUCUUGUACGUGAAGUAAUAAAAAUUUCAACAAAUAAUUAUAAUAAAAUAAAAAUGAAUGAUUUAAUAUUAAUUCGAAUUGAUAAUAAUAUUGAAGAAAUAUAUGAUGAUUCAUGUUGGUAUUUACUUCGUAUAACAACAAUUGAUAUUAUACUUUUUCUUAAUGAAACAAAUACAAAUGAAUUUGAUUUACGAUAUCCACCUAUGGAAUCAACAUUAUAUGUUCGAUAUAAUAUUGAUGCUGUUAUAAAUUAUGAAACUUAUGCACCGCAAGUUAUUAUUAAAACUCAAAUUGAUAAACCAAUUUUAUUAAAUGAUUAUUCUUUACAAUGUAAUGUUCGUGGUAAUCCAUUACCACGUUUAUUAUGGAGUAAAAAUAAUCAAACAUUAGAAUAUUAUCCAACAGCUAAACAAUGUAAAAUACCAUGUCGAAUUUAUUCUAUUCAAAAUGAAUAUGAAUCAUUUUUAUAUUUUCGAACAUUAUCAAUGGACGAUAGUGGCAUUUAUAUGUGUCAUGCAGAAAAUGCAAUAAAUUAUACGAUGACUAGUGUUUAUAUAGAUGUCGAUCAAGUUAAUAUAAUAAAUCAAUCGAAUAUAAAUUUGACUUGUGCCAUUUUAAAAUAUUGUCAUCAUCGAGGUCAAUGUAUUAGUAUUGAUAAUCAAUGGAAAUGUUUAUGUGAUAAUCAAUAUAUGGGUGAUGAAUGUGAAAUAAAUUAUGAUGAUAUAAUAAAAAAACAAAAUAAUGAAAUUCUUUUAUUUAAAUCACGUUUAUUAACUGGUUCUAUUCUAAUUCUUAUUUGUUUUAUUCUAAUAUUAAUUGCUAUUAUAUCUUAUUUUCAUGCAAGAAAUAAAAAAUUCAAACGAAAAAAUCGUUCAAUAUCAUCAAAAUCAAUUAUUAAUGGAAAGAUUUCAAAAUCUCAAUUUAUUGAACAAAUAAAUAAAUCUGAAAUACAACAAUCAUUAUCAAUUCCUAUAGUUCGUAUAAUAAAUAAUCGUUCAAUUUUAAAGAAAGAAUCAUUAACAACAGAUAAUAAUAAUGAUGAUGAUGAUGAAUAUAGAAAUUCAAAUGGUUAUUGUAAUUCAACAAAACUCAAUAAAGAAUGUUUUUCAUUAAAAAUGAAUAAUAUUGAAGAAUCAAAUUUUCAAACAUCAACAAAUGGUUUAAUUCUUUCAGAAGAUUAUUUAGAAUUUUAUCAACCAGAUGUUCAAUCAGGUUUAAUACGACCUUUAACUAUACGAACAAAUACACCAAAAUAUUAUAAAAAAAAUCUUUCAUCACAUCAUCGAUUUCUUUUAUCUCAAUCAAUUGAUCAACAAUAA